AUGGCAUAUUCAGUGGGUGUGCGAUACGUCGAGCCGACUUUGGAUACGACCAUGUACGAGACCUCUGAAUGGGAAGACUUUGGCCGGUGGUCCGUCGACAACAGCCGUUGGUCUACAGACCCGGGCAUCACGAAUCAUAAUGCUAGCUUCAUGCGAAGUAUGCCACAGCAGACCCAAACGCUGGAUAGCAACGAGAACUCCAUCUCGGUCAGUAUCGGUGCUAAUGCCGGGUUCGCUGACAAAGCUCUGACAGCGGGAAUAUCUGGAAGUAUUAUCACCGAGUCAUCGCACUCCUCGUCGGUGCCAAGCGUGGAGCUACGGAGUACUAUCCAAGAUAAUAUUGAAGCAGUCCACGACGAGAAGAUCUUCAAGCUAAACACGCGCAAGGCGAGACAGCAUACCAUCCAGAUGACGGUCCAAGAGCUCGUCUCGGUUAAAGAUGACAGGAAGGUUUCCCGCAACGCUGGCAACGCGGACCGCGUGUUCCGCAACUUUGAGCUACAGGUGUGGCCUCAUGACUUUGCGUUCAAGGAUAUGGACGCGAAGAUGUGUCGAUUUCGAAUGGAUGGCGAUCAGAGAUACGGAUGGAGAUAG